AUGGCUACAUCGUCUGAAAACCUUGACCCAGAUGUCUUUACCUACAGCAAGGAGGACGAACUGAGGAUCCUGCAAGGUACAGAGAGAGACACUACCUUUUUGUUCACACCCACCAUACUGGACACUAAAAAGCGUUUUGAGUAUGACUCUAAACGUCUCAUUAACCUGGAGCUCCAUAUGUUCACUCUGUGUGAAUAUCAUCAAAAUCACAGAAUCCCACGUGGGAUGAGGUCACAGUUGAGACCGGAUUUAUUUCCCAACAAUGCUGAUUUCUGUGCGAGAUUCUCACAAAUUUGUAAUAAGUUUGCAUUUGAUAUGAUAUUGCUCAAUAUUGAAUUUCUCCAGAAAGAGAUUUUGUCUCUACAGGAUGCUCUACAGACAACAACAACGGCAUUGAAAAAUGUAUUGCCGGCUGCAGAAUUUGAUGCAUAUAUUGCGUCUUGUGCACCACAUUUUGAGAAACUAAGAGCUGAACUGCAAGAUAAAAAACGCCAAAAAUGGUCACGCGACAUGGAGGACUAUACACGUGGAUUCAUAUAUAUAUGGCAACGUGAUCCUAAGAAUCCUAGAGGAGGAGAUAGGAGGCAGAUUCAUCCCUCUGACAAAAGACAUACACGAUCUCAAUCUCACAAUAAGAGUCAGGAACGUGUAGAGGCCAACCAGCAAGCAACUUGUCCGAAAUCUUUUUUAGGACUGGGUACGGAUCCUAUAGAACCAGGAGGGGCGGCAAACGCCACCGGAGAUGGCGAGGACAGAAACAAAAACCUCAGACCUCAGCGCCAGAAAGUAGUGAACAAAAAGAGGACACAGUGAUUCAUUUUGAUCUCACUGCCUUGGCGGAGGCACUGCAUGAUGUGACGUUCAUCCUGGUUCCAGUUGGCUCCCCAAUAUCUAUUUACUCUAUUCAACCAAUAUAUGCCUGGUUCAGUGCUUUACUAUUUGUGCGGAUUUUGUUGUACAUUGUUCUGGAUGCCCCCGUAUACCGUUCAUAUAG